UAUGCCUCUCCCUCCCUUCCUCCAUUUAACCAACCUCACCUUCCUCUCUCCUUCUGCACAUCAACUUCUUUCUCUCUCUCAUUCUCCUUCUCCAACUCUUAAUACCCACCACAUUCUUAUUGCCCAAUCGCUGCAAUCAUGAAAAUCUCCGGCAAACUCAACCCCAAACAUCUCUUCCGAUCAAAUAAAAGCCGUUCGGUUUCCAGAUCUGAUCCAUCCUCUUUCGGUUCCUACGCCACGACGUCCUCUACUUCGCCGGAGCCCAGCCAUGGCCACCACAAGUCCAUGUCAAGCGGUGUUGCUACUCCAACCAGCGUCCUCCCUAGGCACUCGAACUCGCACUCGCACUCGCACGAAAUAUCUUCCGAUGAAUGGUCGGAGAAUUCUACCGACGUACAGUUUGAGUUGGUGCAAGCGUUCAGGUUUAUUGACAGCGACGGUGACGGAAGGAUAACGAGGGAGGAGCUCGAGGCUGUUUUGAACCGAAUCGGAGGAUCCGAACCUCCGAUCCGGGAGGAGCUAAGUCUGAUGUUGAGUGAACUCGAUAGAGACGGCGACGGGAUUAUUACUCUGGAGGAGUUCGGAGCCAUAAGCUCCGCUUUUGGUCCGCCAGCUUGCGAUACUGAGCUAAGAGACGCUUUUGAUUUUUUCGACACCGAUCGCGACGGGAAGAUAACGGCGGACGAAUUAUUUGCGGUGUUCAAAUCGAUUGGGGACGGGCGGUGCACGUUAGAAGAAUGCAGGAGUAUGAUAAGUAGCGUGGAUAAGAACGGAGACGGGUUCGUGUGCUUCGAGGACUUUACGCGUAUGAUGGAACAGCAAAGAUGAAGAAGACAUGAUUUGCUUUUCCAGGUUUUUUGGGGUUAGAUGAUGAUGAUGACGAAGAUGAUGGAAUUAAGCUGUUAAUAGAUGAUUAUGAGUGUGUUGAAGGGUUUUUAGUUAGAAUCAAUGUUGUAUUGUUGUUGUUAUAAUAUAACUUAUAAUAUUGCGCAGAA